CCCACUAAAACAGGAAGUUCGCACUUUUAGUUUGAAGGCUAGUUAGCCAGCUAGCCUGCUGCUAGCUACACAGGGAGGUCGCAGUGAUCCAGGGAAUGUUUUAAUCGCGUUGACAACCGGCCAGUGUCCCCGCUAACAGAGGUUUUAGUCGGAUGCAACUGCACCGUAACAUGAAGCCAUGGAGGAGCGGAAGCUAAAGAGAAAAAGCCCCAGGACCUCCACCAGCACCGCGGCUCCGACCGGGGGCUCCGGCCGGAAGAGCAGCUCUUCCACCGGGGGAAGGCGCGUCGGCUCCGGCUUCAACGCUGGAACCAACCAGAAGAGCAAGAGGAGGGGAGUCCGAGACAAAGCCAGGUGUCAGGCGGGUUCGGGGACUAAACCGAAUCCGAACCAGGGCCCAGGGGCACCGAUCAUCCAGCACUCCUUUCUGACGGAUGUGUCGGACGUGCAGGAGAUGGAGAAAGGCCUGCUCGGUCUCCUCAAUGACUUCCACUCAGGGAAACUACAAGCAUUUGGCAACGAGUGCUCCAUCGACCAGAUGGAGCAGGUGAGGGAGAUGCAGGAGAAGCUGGCCCGCUUGCACUUUGACCUCUAUGGCGAGGUGGACGAGAUGCCGGAGGACCAGAAGAAAACGGCCUCAGACACCAACAUGGACAAGUUACUUCAGAAUCUCGAGGAGCUGAGUUCUUCAAUUCAGAAGCUGAAUCUCGCCGAUUCCCAAGAGAUCCCGAGGACCGCCAGCAUGUGACUUCCUCUCCUCUCGUCGUUUCUCAACAUCAUCUGAUCGAUUUGUAUUAUGCCACACACAGAGGAGGCGGAGUUAAAGCUGCUCACCAGCGUUCCCUGUCUGCACAGCGCGAUGGAUGUAUCGUAAGAUGUCCGAAUAAGGAUGCACCGACACCAACAGUGGCUUUGGUGCAUCCCUAUUGUGGCUUCUUGAAAGUCAAGUUGACGUCAGUUCCCUGGUUUCCUUUGCUAACCAAAGCGAAGCCGACGAUUGGAAUGGAACUUUUCCUUUUUUUUUAAACUCACUCUGCACUUUGUCACAUAUCUUGUCACAGGGGGGAGUCGUGUCUGUCAUGUCACUCACUCAUCACCCCGUCGAUACAUGUUUGAACGUAGAACCUAAAACAACAUAGAACCUGAAACCCAAGUGUGGGUCUGAUCUGUGAGAUUAUAAAAAGUUUAAUAUGUCGUAGUCGAAUUGUUAAAAUCAGCCAAAAAUAACGUUGACGGGAGAAACUUUACUAAAUUUCCAGUCUGUGAUAUUUGCAUUUGAUUUCUUGCUACAUCGUGAGUGGCCUGAUUUCACCUCCAGCAUGCUGCUCGCUCAGUGUUGAACAUUUUUGCACAUAUCCAUGCAACAUGCUUAGCCCACUCAUCGGGGUUGUGUGGGUCGGACACUAUAGGAGACGGAUUAAUCCAAAUGUCGACAGCACACCCAGGCCUUAACAUUUUGAUUUAAUCUUGUUUGCCUUGUCUAACCUGUUGAUAGACCGCGUAGGUUCCGAUUCUGAUGAUGUAAUCAUUUUUUAUGCUGCUUUUUGAUUGUAAAUUCAACUUCAUUCUUUCACAUCAUAUUUUAACCAGUGUUGGGGGGGGGGGGGGGGUGUUUGAAGGGUUUUACUGUUUUAACUGUUUGCUGGAUUUAGCUUUUAUGGACUUGUUAAUAAAUGUGAUGUCUGAC